AUGGCGGAUUCAACCAACCCCGACGACAGCAGGAUGACCGAAGAUACGGUGGCCAUAGCUGCCACCCCGUCCACUGUCACUGAUGAGUCUGCCUCCCUCGAACAGAGAAAAAACGUGCUCGUCAAUGAGUUGAUGGAGAUUUUCACCAUUGGAGAGAGGGGUGGGGGAGGCUAUGUUGUGGCUGUGAGAGCCGACGAGGAGUUUCUUGGGUAA